AUGGACGCACCAGAGUCCCAUCCGCCUCCCAACUCCAAAGUGAUUAUUCAAUGUAUUGAUCCACAUAACCUCUUUGACCGUCUCGAACCUCGACUAUCAGCCAGAAGUCCUCUGCGCAACUUACACUGGAAAGCUCCCAACCGACCACUCCGAUCGAUCUCAAAUCUUAACAUAUCAUUGACGCGGGAAGACCCCUCCGCUGGGGCACAAUCCAACGUUCGGCGGCAUCAGAUACCAGGUCUGCGUGAGACCCCCUACGUCAAAUUAUAUCUCCUACGGUGCGAUGACAAGGAAGCCUACAAGGAGAAGGUCAGGAAAGAGGUCCGCCAGUGGGUCAAGACGCACACGCCCUCAAACGAUGGUAAACUGUCGAGCAAGAGCCAGGAGGAUCAUGAUGCUUUCGAAUGGCUGAUUGUCCACGUGGUUCUUCCAAACACUCCCGCUGCUAGCCAGCCGAAAUCAUCAAAGCACCUCUCACUGGAAGCCUCGGAGAGCACCGACAGCGUCAAUAGCAAGUCAAAGUGGUCUGGCAAAAGCCCUUCCACGGUUUUUGACAAACUGAGAGCCGAUUUCAGCAGUUCCAAGUCGUCAAUUUCUCGCGUUGCACAAGUUCGCCUCCUCGACCCUGGAGACAAAUCAACGCCCUUGACCUCUGCAGAGGUGGAAGAGCAGUGGCAAGACUUGGUGGACUGCCUGAAAACAUGUAUCCUGCGCUCAUUUGAUGCUCGGGUUGCUCAAUACGAAUUAGACAUCCGCGAAAGAGACAGUCAAAGAAGUUUGCCUGGCUGGAACUUCUGCACAUUCCUUAUCCUCAAAGAGGGUCUGGCCAAAGGCUUUGAAAACUUGGGAUUGCUUGACGAUGCCCUUGCCGUUUAUGACGAGCUUUCCUUGGGUCUCGACACGCUGGUCAAGGAGCAAGCUCAGAGAAACGAUCACGAUGAGAGCGGGGCAUUAUUGACCUUUUCCAAAGAAUCCAAGGAUCUACUGAGAGCAGCUCUGGACUCGGAAACGCAGCGUGUCCCGCCUAUAGACGUCAGCUUACCGCUUGACCCGAGUAGCAUUCUUGCGGCAGAUCAAGAUGACUCUCCCUUUGACGUUGAGAGGAAGAAUUACCGCAAUCUUAUCCUAUCUAAUGAUGUAUCGGCGUUGGACCUUCGCAUCUAUCUCUUCACCCGGGAAAUGGAGAUCCUCACCAGGCAGUCGCGGUUGGGAGCGCGGAAAUCCUCCCAGGCAGGCACUACGGGAGUCGAUUUCAACGUGGUCGCAGAUUUAGUGGAACGAGCCAUGCAGUUUAUCAAUCUUGUCGGUCGCACUCUCCGAUUUGAGCUUUACAAUGCCUGGGGUGGGUAUGAAGGAUUGAGCGAGAAUGAACUGCGUACCCAGAGAACAGUCACAAGCAAUAUUGUCUCCAACUGGCAAUGGCGAGCCACUAUACAAAUUCUUGCCCAAGUUUUGCCAGCUCUGGGUGGCGAUAUCGAUUACACCAGCCAAGAGUUGUCACUGGACACUACUGAACUCUCUUAUGAUCCCGACACAGCUGCUAUAGACCAGCUUCAUGGGCUUGCUGAGAGCUACCAACACAUAUCCCUUACUUCUGGUUUGCGGUCGUCUUCUCGCGAACGGUCUCAGGAACGAAGCAAAAGGCAUUCUUCGAUGCCGAAUGGGACUAUUCUUCGACACGGGCCGCCGAAUAGAACAGGGUUUGAGCGUCUCGCUCUGUGGAUAUCAAAGCUCAUACUCAUGGCGAGACAUUUUGUCGAGACCUUGGAGGCUGUGAAACCGUGGGUUCUUAGUAUGAAGCAUUCUGCCCAGGAAUCAAAUGGGAAUGGAAUGCAGCCCAUUGCCACCAACGGCGAUGUCAGCCAGGGCUCGGUAGGAAAAGACCAAAACCAAACCCCCCACCACACCGAGCUUCUCGCAGGCUUAGAGUCGACGACAUUGAAAGCAGCUGCGACAUCAAAGCCAAGCUUCCUCAGGCUUUACGCCAUGUUUUCCGUCCUUGCUUUUCGGAUUGUAUCGUCUACGAAGAAUCGAUCUACCUCCCGGCAAAUAUUGACAAACCUCGUUGAGAUGGAAUAUUCUCAAGGUAACUGGUCCACUGCUGCACGAUACCUUGAAAAUAUCCUUGGUCCACUUCCACGUGGGUCACAUCAUCCUUCUGAAGAGUAUCUCCUCCGAAUCUAUGCCGAGUGCCUCAAGUGUCUUGAGCGGCCUAAGGAUUACGUGCGAUGUCUCGUUUCUUGUUUGCACCACUCCAGAAAGGCUGGUCGUGCGACUUCCUCGAGAUCUUUCUCCGAGGCGAACCAAUAUUAUAUGAAUCAGCUUUUCCAGGUAUUGCCACAUAUUCCAGCAACAACACUACGUGCAGCAUUACUGUUUCGCAUCUCCGCAGUUUCGCACCACAUAACUCCACUUGAGAACAAGGAUGGCUUCACUGUCUCAAUGAAGAUGAGUAGUCUUCCUGGCGUCUCGACACCACCGAUCGAUAAGGUCAAAUUGCGGCUUGUUGCCAAAGACGGUGUUGAACCGCGAUUCAUAUUGCUCUUCCUGUCAGAAACAGUGGUCAUCGACUCGACAGACAAAACCAUAACCCUGGAAACUCCCGUGACAACGCAUGGCUGGUACGUGCCGGAUGAAGUUGAGGUCUGCAUUGGAAAUUUGAGACUUUUGCACCACUUCAAGUCAAGGCUAGACGACGAAGCGGCCGGAUUUGAUGAUUCACUUAGCCCUCGCGCAGAAGUGGUGCCGCUUCUGCUCUACCCCAGCUAUCGAUCGUUUGGAAUCAAAAUGCCUGGGCGAAACGAUAUCAAGCAGGUCAAGCUUCGCUUGAGGACGGCAACGGCUGGACUAAGGCUCAAUAUUCAUGACUCCAAAUUAGUAGGCGACCAACAUGAGUCAAAUCAAGUGCAGACUGCUCGAGAAGGUGACGCUUUAGUGAUGGUCCUAGACAACUUGGGCUCAUUGACGGUCACGGAGGUCGAAAUCCCGUACACCAUGGAGACCGCGUCCGAGCCAGCCAUAACAUUGCGCCUUGAGGCCACUUAUGAGACGGAGCAAGGGAUAUUCACCUUCUACGACACAGCUUUUGUCAAGGUGAUCUUACCUGUAACAGUCAAUGUUCAGGAUGUGUUUCGUAAGGAUUACAUGUACUCGAGAUUCACCAUCAUCCCUUCGACAAUGGUACCACUUCGUCUCUUUGGCUGCAAUCUCGACGGCAAUGACUCCUAUGAGAUGGUUUCAGGCGGUGGCUUCGCCGAGCCAUUCGUGGUAUUCCCGAAGCAACCUGCUAGUUGGACCGUCCGUCUUGUGCCCAAGGACGCAAAUACUGAUAAUGUCAGCAGGAGGCUGACUCUGGUUGUUGACUUCCAAUCCCUAGAUGGGGUGAUGUUGGCAAUUCUGGAGACACAUUUCACUAGGGAGCUUGCCAAUUCCAAGCAUGCUUUCGCCGCCCGGCUUCUAACAUCGCACCUACUGGAACGGGUCCGCACCACAUGGACCGAGCAGGAUGUGGAAGUUGCAGGACUAACACAAGAAUUUGAAGUUUGGAAGAUGGAGGAUAUGGCGUGGCCAUCAGUCCUGUGUGCCUUCGACCGACAAAGAAGAGUUGAGAUUGAAGAUUGGCUUCAAAAUUGGCAUUCUCGAACGCCACCGAUCAAAUUUUCAUCUUCAAAAGUCCCUCAACGACAGCUCAGACUAUAUGUCGACAUUCCUUCGCGACCGGUUCUAGUGUCCGCGUUUCUAGAUGCCGCAUGGUCAGUGCCACCGCACGCGACUGCAACCAUCGGCCAGCCAUUGCAGGCCGAAAUCGUCAUCAAACUCGAAGACCAGAUAGAGGGAGAGCUGGAAGGAUUGUUCGAGAUCGCGGCCCUUUCGGAUUCGUGGUUUAUUGGAGGCAGACGCAAAGGCACUGUGCGACUGGGUCCCGAGGCGGUACGUAUGGGCUUAAUCCUGUUCCCACAGCAUCUCGGACACCUGCUCGUUCCCUCGGUCAGCAUAAAAUGUCGCAGACGGGUCAGAAACAGUGGCAAGGACGAAUGGAUAGAUCUCGUGAGCGAUGUGCAGAAUCCUGCUCAUGGUCGGAGUGUUCUCGUUACCCCAGAUUUGCGGAGCACCACUGUGGAGGUGUUUGGAAUGAUACCAGACGAGGGCGUUGGCAGGCUAGUGGCAAGCGGGAGUCGUGGAGUGGGCUGA